AGCAACGAUCGCGCGCGGUUGUCUUUACGCUCCGUAUCGGGUUUUAUUUAAUAUAACAACAACAACAACAACAACAGCAGUAAUAAUACAUUUCUCGCUCCACUCAAGAGAACUUUAAUAAUAGAUUCAGCGUCAUUAACGCUGUCCGAGAGUAAACACAACAAGAAAUAAAAGUUAAACCAAAAUAUCGAAAAACCCAACAACUAAAUUUCUAGAGAAAAUCCCUUACGAAACGAAUUAUCUCGUGUACAAAAAGUUAACCAACAGUUUCGAAUUGUUCACGAGAGAAACAACAAAUUCAACUCAUUUUUUUUUUGGCACUCGUUAAACGACAACAACAAAAAUCGAGACUGCAAGAAUAACAACAACAUAAACAACAAUAAGAACAACAAGAACAACAGCAACAACAACGGAAAGCAGCAAACAUUUUCUGGAUUCAAGCUAGAAAAUAUUUAGUUUUGGCCAGAGCACAGAUACAGAUACAUCCUCGAACGCGCGGACGGACAGCAGCUGAAAUAAGAUAAAAUAUAUUCAAAAAUUUUAGAAACUUUUCAAGUUCAACUACAAAUAAUAAUACAAACAUUUCAAUAAAUUCCGGCUCUGUGCAAUAGGAAAAUGGCCCAACCACAAUUGCUGCAAAUCAAAUUGUCACGUUUCGAUGCCCAACCCUGGGGCUUCCGCCUGCAGGGCGGCGUGGAUUUCGCCCAGCCUCUGUUAGUGCAAAAGGUCAAUGCGGGCAGUCUCUCCGAGCAGGCUGGCCUCCAGCCCGGCGAUGCUGUCAUCAAGAUCAACGACGUGGAUGUCUUCAAUUUUCGUCACAAGGAUGCCCAGGACGUUGUGGUGCGCUCUGGCAAUAACUUUGUCAUCACAGUGCAGCGUGGCGGUUCCACCUGGCGUCCACAUGUGACGCCCACUGGCAAUGUGCCUCAGGCUAACUCACCCUAUUUGCAGACAGUGACGAAAACUUCUCUGGCUCACCAUCAACCGGAAAGCCAGCACAUUGGCUGUGGCUACAACAACUCGGCGCGUCCAUUUGCCAACGGCGGCGGCGAUGGCGGCGUGAAGAGCAUCGUCAAUAAACAAUACAACACCCCGGUUGGCAUUUACAGCGACGAAUCCAUUGCGGAAACACUUUCCGCCCAAGCCGAGGUUCUGGCUGGCGGUGUGCUCGGUGUUAACUUCAAGAAGAACGAGAAGGAAUACCAGGCCGACCGCUCGGAGGUGCUGAAGUUCUUGCGCGAGGAGGAGACUGGACAGUCGACACCAGAACCGCACAGCCCGGCCAAUUUCUACUGGACACAGAGCCAUGCGAUUGGCGGCAACGAGCGACGCACGCCGCUGCCCCACAGCCAGUUCCAGUCGCCGGCGCCGCCCAGUGGACGUCAGGAGGAGGAGUGCAUCGGCACCAAUUUGCAGCAAAAUACGUUGGCACCGGCGGCAACUCAUCGUCCCAGUCUGCCCGUUGCCAAGCCCCAGCAGCAAGAGGAGGCUGAGCAACAGCCCGAUCCGCGCAACAUUGUUAUGCCCAUAUGCCCGGCGUUGCAGGGACCCGACUACAAGGCGGAUAUAGAUGCGGCAGCAGCAGCCAGCAAUGCCGAUGGUGUGCGCACAUUGUCCGCCAGCGGACAUCCGGCAUGUCAAUUGUGCGGCGUGGGCAUUGUCGGCGUGUUUGUGCGCAUCAAGGACAAGAACCUGCACGUGGAAUGCUUCAAGUGCGCUACUUGUGGCACAUCCCUGAAGAACCAGGGCUACUACAACUUCAACAACAAGCUCUACUGCGACAUCCACGCCAAGCAGGCUGCUCUUCAGCAUCCACCAGCUGGCACCGAGGGCUAUGUUCCAGUGCCAAUUAAGCCUAACACCAAGCUGAGUGCCAGCACCAUUUCAUCGGCCUUGAACUCCCAUGGCUAUGGCCAAAACAAUGGCUACUCCAAUGGCAACUCAACUCCAACUCCGGCGCCGGCACAAGCAACAGCAAUAGCAACGCCACCAGCAGCAGCAGCAGCAGCAUCAACAAUAACAGCAACAGCAACUGCAGCAGCAGCAGCAGCAACAGUAGUUGAUAGCAUUAACCAAGCUCAGGCACAGUCAGAAAUAAUGCCAGCCAACGUGGCGGAUGAGCAAUCAUCGUCAGCCAUUUAUGGUCAAAUCAACAACAACUACAACAUCAGCGGGGACAACGCUGCGUAUACGCUUCCGGCCCAGCAGGCAUCAGUGAACGUCUCAUCAGCUGGCGCUGAUCAGCCUUUCGAGUAUGUCACCUUGACCGGAAACGUGAUACGCAGCGUUCAGCCACCUGGUAAGGGCGUCGGCGCCAACUAUCGGGUUAACCAGGGCUACGCUCGUCCCUAUGGCGCCUCUCAGCCACCAGCGGCCGCGCCCAAGUCACCGGUGCCGGUCUCGUAUCCACCACAGCAGCAGCAGCAAUCGCCGCGCCCCAAUGCUGGCAACGCUUAUGCCACAUUGCCGCGCUCCAAUGUUGGCCAACAAGUAUCGGAGGAGGAAGGCUUGCAGCCAGAAUUUGAGGAGGAAUGCUACGAGAUGGACGUUGAGGUUGCCUUGGCAGCCAGUCGCCGUUCUCACGGCUCAAGCUUCACCUGGCCGCCGCCACAAGACGAGAAUCAUGCGGCGCCAACGGCUGCACCUUUGUAUAUAGCGCCACCCGAGACGCAGCAUGUGGUGGUCGCCAAUCCGGUGCAAGAGGCGCCUCCGCUGCCACCGGGCAGUGCGAGCUCUCGUCUCGAUCCGCAGCCGCAGCCACAGCAACAGCAGCAACCAUUGCAGUUGCCACAGCAGUUGCAGCAGCCUCAGCAGUUGCCGCAAGCGACUCCUCAGUGGCAGAGCUAUUCGGCGCCACAGCUGAGCAAUCAGCGCACCCAGCAGCUGCAGAUUCAGGAACAGGAAUCCAGCUCGGACAGCUACACCUCAACGUCGACAACGACCACAACCACCUCGGAGGAGUAUCAACGCAUGUAUGCCGCCCAGCUACAAGCCUACCAAAUGCAGCAGGCCUACGAGCAGUCUGGCUCCGAGUUCGACUAUCAGCUCGACUAUGGCAGCGCAAUGGAUGUUCAGGAGUAUGCGUCGGGCAGACGCAGUGCCCAGGAAUGUGUGGACUCGCUCUCGGCUCCACUGAGCACGUACAAGCUCAUUGAUAUGGUAAGGGAAGUGACCCCAAGUCCAGUGACAGUUCCCCAACCAGCUGCUGCACAGCCUGCUGCUCGCCAUGUAGUGUUCAACGAUGAGCCCGAGAUCAAGGAGCUCCCACAGCUGCACACCGAACUGGAGACAAUACCUGAAUCGGCGUCCGAAGCUGAACUGGCUCCACAGCCUGCGACAGCUUGGGCAGCAGAUGGCAACGAUGCUGACGAUCGAGAGGGGCUCAUCAUCGAGCAGCGCUGUCAGAUCCUGGAGAGUGAACGCAUGUUUCAGCCCACGCCUGAGAUAAAGAUUGAAAUAGCGCCAGUGCGUCCGCGUCCGGCGCCUUCUAAGAUACCCAAUCCCUCGCCCAAGGAGUGGAUCAAUCCCAUGAUUCGUGUGCUGACUACAGCUUUCGAUGUGCCCUUCCACCUGGUCGAGUGUCCUUUUCCUAAGCCCUGCGAUGAUGACUUUGAAGCGGCCGCCGCAGCCGCCGAGGAAGCAGCCGCUGCAGCUGCAGCCGCACCAGUUCAAGCUCCAGCUCCAUUGUCAGCUCCACCUCCAGCUCCAGCUCCUCCCCAAGUAGCCGCUCCUCUACCACCAGUUGAUUCCUAUGCCAUUGAGUUACUCCGUGAGUCUCCGCCUCGUGGUACUCGACUCACUCAAGCCAUGUCCACAGCUCCGGAGUUCGCAGUGCGCUUUGCGCCACCUGCUGCCGAGGGUAUUCCCCUGCCAGAGGAGACCGUGCCCUACAUGCCACCACCCAUGGACAUGAAGCCCUAUCAGCGCGAAGAUUACCGUCCCAAGAGUCCGUUUGUUAGUGCCUUGACCACAGCACCCGAGCGUCCCUUCGAGGGUCACUUCGAUCGGGAUGUGCCCAUCCAUUUGAUAGACCUGCCCACACCCAAGGAGCACCUGAGCAUGUGUGACGCCCUCUGCACAGCACCCGAUCGCGGCUACACCCCACUGAAUCCCGAGAAUGCCACUCAGCGCUGGGACGAGGAGCAAAAACAGCAGGAAUUGAAAAAGUAUGAAUUUCAGGUGCUCGAUCAUGAGGAGGAGCUGGGCAUCAAGCCCCAACCACCGGAGUCCGUGGAGUACUAUACCACAGAGGAUCCACAGCAGCGUCGCAAGUCCUCAGCGUUUGCGGCAAUGCAAGCAUUCCAGCCAUCUCGAGAACCGCUUUCCUCCUCCUCCGCCACGAACACAGUCACAAAUACGCCACGUGCCUCUAUUGCCUCCCUGUCCAAAGAACAGACAGAUCUUGAGUACCAAAAGUACUGCAAGGCGCAGCAACGCAAUCAAAAACGACUUGACUUCUAUCACAAAAAGGAAGAGGAGUUGCAACAACAACAACAACAACAACCAUCACAACAGCAACACUUAGAAACUAACCCGAUUAACUCGAAUACGCUAGUUACCGCUUCCAAUGCGACUGCUUCCUCUAACUCCUCUUCCACAGUCCAACAGUCCAACAACAGCACGACCAUCAUCAACAACAACAACAGCAACAAUCUCAACCUCAACAGCCAAAUCAACAACAAUCUGAACAGCAACAACAUCAGCUAUGUCGCCCAGUCCCAACUGCAAACCCAGGCUAGCAGCCGCUCCUCCUUUUCAGCAACUUCCACCCUAACAGCUGUAAAUACCGCUACCAAAAUGGAUGCACACGAGCUGAUCGAGGAAACCGCCGAGGAACUCGAGCACUCCGAGGUCCUAUUCCCGCCACCAUCCCCGCUCAGUCAUCUCAAGGGCAAAGCCGUACAAUCCGGUCUGCACAAGGCCGAUACCAUACCCAAGUAUCAGCGCAAUUGGACCGUGCUGCCCACACAGAGUCCCAUUCGCACACCGGAACCCCAGGAGUUGCGCGAGAAUGUUCCGCUUGCUUUCGUCGAUGCCCCCAAGACAGAUACUGUACAUAAACCCAUUGCCAAGGUGUGCGCUUCCAUUUGCGGGGCUAACAACGGGUCACUACCGGGUGCAGGAUCGUGCUCAGCAUCGGGUUCAGGAUCAGUGCCAACGGCUGCUCGAGGCUCUAUUGUCUCAUUAGGUCAGGGCCAGGUCAAGCCAACUGUGCAGCCGUCGGUGCCGAUCAUUAUUGAAGAUCGUUCGGGUCCAGUAACGAUGGCUUUUCAAUCACUAGAUGAAUUCGAGCGUCCUGACCAAUCACAGACGCCCACUCGUCCCUACACGCCCUCCAUGAACUCGAUGAUCAACAAACCGGCUCCGAUCAUACCCUUCUACCAGACGCCCGAGAAGCUGCUCUUCGACGAGUGCCCAGCCUCCCAUGCUCGCGACUACAAUCAGGGAGCUGCUUCCCCGUUUCCGGAUCGGGCUCGCUCCCCGGCGCCAGGACCUCCACCCAAUCCCCUGGCUGCCAUUCGGGCACCACGCAUGAAGGAGCCCGCUGAGUCAACGCUGCUCUCAGUGUCUGGGCCUCGUCUGCAGGCUGGCUCCAUUACAACCGGCCAGAGUUAUCAGGGUCAGCUGCUGGCGCACUCGGAACUCAGUUCACAGUCGGCCAGCCAGAGUUACACACAGCAACCGGAGAUCGUGAGGGAACGUCAGAUCGGUAAUCUCAAUGUGCAACAAAGAGAGCAAUCGUCGCAGCUGCAGCAGCAGCAACAGUCGCAGUUGCAGACUCAGACAAAGACACAAAUUGGCAACACGCAGAUCGAACGCAGGCGCAAGGUAACUGAGGAGUUUGAGCAUACUCAGAGUGCCAAGACUAUUGAGAUUCGCACUGGCUCGAAGACGCAAUCACAGCUCGAAUCGCAAUCACAGUUGGAGUCGUCUGAGCGCCGUCAGUCAUACGGUCGCACAGGAUUUGUGGCUAAUCAAGCACGUCGCUUGUCCGGCCUGGAACAGGAGAUCAGCAGCCUAACGAGCCAGUCGCAGGCCAUUAGCGCCAGGGCAUCCACCUUGGGCGAGGGCAACUUUCCGCAAUUGCGGUCGCCCACUUUUGAGAGCAAGUUUCCGCUGAAUAAACCAACACCCGAAACAACUGCCUCUUCCAGUCUCGGACCACCACCUGGCUUCCGUCAGCAGCAAGAACAGCACCAGCAACAGCUUCAACAGCUGCAACAACAGCAGAAGUCUGCGUUCUCCUCGGGCUUCAAGUCCACAUCUUCGGUGGUAUCCGCUUCCCAACAGCAACUGCGCACUCAGAGCGCCUACACGAAUGCCGCGAGCUCAUCGCUAACAUCAGCAACAUCUGCAAUUGCAUCGUCAUCGUUAACAUCAUCCACCACAGCAUCAACCACAGCAUCAGCAUCAGCAUCAAGGUCGGCGCAAGCCAGUCUAACCAAAGCUUCUGCUAUUACUACCACGACUAAUAAUCAAGCCUGUGCCGCAUUCAGGAGCACAGCAGCCAAUGGCAAUAGCCAAAAUACAGCUACAGCCACAGCUGCAGCUGCAGCAACUCUGGCCAAUUUGGCUAACAAGGGCGUGAAGCCUAAGCCAACAGUUGCUGCCACGCCUACUGCGCCCGCUCCAGCUGUAUUUCCGCCCAAUUUUAGUGAUCUAAACUCAAAUGUUGAUGAUUCCACAGGUCCUGGCGGCAAGAGCGGCGCCUUCGGUGCCACAUCGGCUCCCAAGCGUGGACGCGGUAUCCUCAACAAGGCCGCUGGCCCAGGUGUUCGCAUCCCAUUGUGCAACAGCUGCAACGUGCAGAUCAGAGGACCCUUUAUCACGGCUUUGGGUCGCAUCUGGUGCCCCGAUCAUUUCAUUUGCGUGAACGGCAACUGCCGUCGUCCACUGCAGGACAUCGGCUUCGUUGAGGAGAAGGGCGAUCUUUACUGCGAGUACUGCUUUGAGAAGUAUCUGGCCCCCACCUGCAGCAAGUGCGCUGGCAAGAUCAAGGGUGAUUGUCUGAAUGCCAUUGGCAAGCACUUCCAUCCCGAGUGCUUCACUUGCGGCCAGUGCGGCAAGAUCUUUGGCAACACGCCCUUCUUCCUAGAGGAUGGCAAUGCGUACUGCGAGGCUGACUGGAAUGAGCUCUUCACCACAAAGUGCUACGCUUGCGGCUUUCCCGUAGAGGCUGGCGACAGAUGGGUUGAGGCUCUUAACCACAACUAUCAUAGCCAAUGCUUCAACUGCACUUUCUGCAAACAAAAUCUGGAGGGUCAGAGCUUCUACAACAAGGGCGGUCGUCCCUUCUGCAAGAAUCAUGCGCGUUAAGGGCAAAAGAGAGAUUUAAUAUGGCUCGACAAUGGACUUCAGGGAUCACGCACACUAACAACAACAAAAUACAAACAACAACAACAAUUCAGAUAUCUUAACCAAGCGAAAACUCUUGACUAAUGAAAUCGCAAAUAGCUUAUUACAUACUUAAUGCAAUUAUCAAAACUAAAGGAUGCCCUUUUUGUUUAUUUUAUAUAUUUUAUUUAAUUUUGAAUUGUGCACACAAAUGUUAUCCUAAUUUUAAAUGAAUGAGUGGAACACAGAAACAGAAAAAAACAAAACGACACGAAAUCGAAAACCGAGAAAUAAGAAGAAA